CGCCGUAGAGCUGCCGCCGCCGCUGCCGCCGCCGCCGCUACAGCCGCCGCUGCAGCCGGAGCAUCCGGGAGCCGCCACUGCCGCCGCCGCUGCCGCCACUAGCGCUGCUUCCACCGCUGCUACCUCCCCUCCCAGGACCUCGAGACACCCCGGGUGCGAGCGGCAGUGCUGCUUGCUUGCUCCCCCUCUCCCCCAGCCUUUCCCUUCCGUGACCUACCCACUCCUUGCAGCCCUAGUCCGCACCUUCUUCGACACCCCGGCACCCCUGCACCACCUGCUCGGGCAGCCCCGGCGGGCUCUGGGACUUGCUGUGCGCGCCGAGAGGAAGGCAAGCUCCAAACCCCUGCCUGGCAGACGGGCUGUCGCGGCUGCACCACCAGCCGGAGGAGGAGGAGAAGAAACUAUUUCGCCCACCGAUACCCCAUUCUGCGGGUGCUUUGCCGCUGUCGCUACUGCUGCCGCCGAUCCGAGUCCGCGGGUUCGAACACCUCAGCGGCGGGGACGCCCUUUAGAGAAGGGACCAUGAUUUGGAAACGCAGCGCCGUUCUCCGCUUCUACAGUGUCUGCGGGCUCCUGCUACAAGGCAGCCAAGGGCAGUUUCCACUAACACAGAACGUAACCGUUGUUGAAGGCGGAACUGCAAUUUUGACCUGCAGGGUUGAUCAAAAUGAUAACACCUCCCUCCAGUGGUCAAAUCCAGCUCAACAGACUCUGUACUUCGAUGACAAGAAAGCUUUAAGGGACAAUAGGAUCGAGCUGGUUCGCGCUUCCUGGCAUGAAUUGAGUAUUAGUGUCAGUGAUGUGUCUCUCUCUGAUGAAGGACAGUACACUUGUUCUUUAUUUACGAUGCCUGUCAAAACUUCCAAGGCCUAUCUCACCGUUCUGGGUGUUCCUGAAAAGCCUCAGAUUAGUGGAUUCUCAUCACCAGUUAUGGAAGGUGACUUGAUGCAGCUGACUUGCAAAACAUCUGGUAGUAAACCUGCAGCUGAUAUCAGAUGGUUCAAAAAUGACAAAGAGAUUAAAGAUGUAAAAUAUUUAAAAGAAGAGGAUGCAAAUCGCAAGACGUUCACUGUCAGCAGCACACUGGACUUCCGAGUGGACCGGAGUGACGAUGGAGUGGCGGUCAUCUGCAGAGUGGACCACGAAUCCCUCAAUGCCACCCCUCAGGUAGCCAUGCAGGUGCUAGAAAUACACUAUACACCAUCAGUUAAGAUUAUACCAUCGACUCCUUUUCCACAAGAAGGACAGCCUUUAAUUUUGACUUGUGAAUCCAAAGGAAAACCACUGCCAGAACCUGUUUUGUGGACAAAGGAUGGCGGAGAAUUACCAGAUCCUGACCGAAUGGUUGUGAGUGGUAGGGAGCUAAACAUUCUUUUCCUGAACAAAACGGAUAAUGGUACAUAUCGAUGUGAAGCCACAAACACGAUUGGCCAAAGCAGUGCAGAGUAUGUUCUCAUUGUGCAUGAUGUUCCCAACACUUUGCUUCCCACUACUAUCAUCCCCUCCCUUACCACUGCAACAGUCACAACCACUGUAGCCAUAACAACCAGCCCAACCACAUCUGCAACAACCAGCAGCAUCAGAGAUCCUAAUGCUUUGGCUGGCCAGAAUGGCCCUGACCAUGCUCUCAUAGGAGGAAUAGUGGCUGUAGUUGUAUUUGUCACGCUGUGUUCUAUCUUUCUGCUUGGUCGAUAUCUGGCAAGGCAUAAAGGAACGUAUUUAACAAAUGAAGCUAAAGGAGCUGAAGAUGCACCAGAUGCUGAUACAGCCAUUAUCAAUGCUGAAGGCAGCCAAGUCAAUGCUGAAGAGAAAAAAGAGUAUUUCAUUUAAGAUGCAGGCCAAGAUUCUGAGUUUUACUACCAGGCUGACUGCUGGAGAAAACUGGCUAUCAUCUUUCAGAAUUCAUUUCUACCAUCGUCUGCUACCCUUAUUAACUCCCAUACUGUACUGCUAUCAGUAGCCAGUGUAUACCAACAAUCAGCUGUUGAAAGCAUCAUUCUUUAAUUACUGUACCAUCCAUAAUGCAGGACAUUUCUUACUGCCUAAAUUUCACACCAUUGCUCUUUUAACAUACAGUGCUUGAAUAUACAGCCUUAACAAUGUUAAUCAUCUCCUUGGAUCAUGAUACUGAGUGGUUUUUAUACAUUAAAAAAUGUGUGCAGAGUUUUUUCCCCGCAUUUCUUCCUCUUCAAGUCAUAGACCUUAUCAGUUUACCAUUGGACAGCUUUCACAAGUAACAGGAUUAGGGAAGGACCUAAUGUACUUAAGAGUAAUUGAAGGUUAGAGGUUUACAAUGACUGUUUUCUCCAUGUCUGUCUUCAAAGACAACAUGUUUUGGAAACAUAUGUCCUAGAAAACAUAAAAUUAAAAAAAAAAAAACACUAUAGUGUAGUUUUUGGAGUGUUGGAGAUUAUACUGGUAAAGCUGUAUCGAUUUGCUAUUGAAAUAUAGUAUUUGAUACAGGAGCCAUGUGUACGAAUUGCAAUCAUGACAUGAUAUCUUCUAUAAUUAUAUAGAUCUUACUAUUAGGAUAUUGUAGCUUCAUUUACCAAUAAAUCAUUCCAAAUGAUUUACUGCUUUUGGAAUCACAAAGAUUUCAUUCAUUUCUCUAAUUUGAUUCUAUAAUUUAUUUGCUUCAUAAAGAUUCACCUGCCUAAACAAUAUUGAAGUAUCCAUAGGGCACAAUUUUGAGACAUUUUAGUAUCUGUAUAUAGUGCAUAUAAUAAAUCCAAUUAAACAUUAUUUGAUACAUAUUUAACUUUUUUGGCUGUAUGUAAUUCAGUCAUAAGUAAGCAUUUUCUAACGUCCAUUAUAUCCCUUUAGAUAUUACUUAAACCAAUAUUAUAAGUAGAUAACAUGUAUUAGUAUUUUUGUCUGUAUGUCCUAGCACUGUUCAACAACAAACUUUUCUAGUUCUUGUUAAUUUUUAUUUGUUAUACAAUGGAAGCACAAUGUUAUAAGGAAAGGUAAUUUUAAGCUAACAACCAGUGCACAGCCUCAGGUUUUAAAUUACAACCACAGUUGAAUAAUAACCUAAAAAUAAAUUUUAGUUUGCUAAAAAUUUACAAAUUUUCAUUUUGCAGUUCCAGAGCUGCUUACCUAUGUUGGUUUGCCAAAAAGAAGUGUUUAAGAUAUGUUUUCUGUAUAAAUGAACUAAUUCUUUAUAUUAAA